GGUGGGAAUCUUACUCGCAGUUUACCACUCUUACUUUCUGUGUUCCCAUUGCUGUAGAAUCCUUUACCCAAAAUGAGUGUUGAGAAAUGGGAGAACAAUGAGGAAAUUAAAAUAUUUCGAGAAUAUUUACGUAUUCCAUCAGUGCACCCGGAUAUUAAUUACACUGGCUGUGUGGAUUUUAUCAAGCGCCAAGCCGACUCCCUUGAUCUUCCCGUAGAAGUGGUUUAUCCAGCUGUUGAAUCAAAGCCUGUGGUGAUCAUUAAGUGGCUGGGAAAACAUCCCGAGCUGCCCUCGAUCAUUUUAAACUCCCAUAUGGACGUGGUUCCCGUGUUUCCUGAAAAAUGGACUCAUGAACCCUUUUCCGCCGAUCUUGAUGAGGAGGGCAGGAUAUUUGCGAGGGGUACUCAGGACAUGAAAUCGGUUGGCACUCAAUAUCUGGGUGCUAUUCGCCUGCUCAAGGCCAGUGGCUUUCAACCUAAAAGGACUGUUUACGUGACCUUUGUUCCCGACGAGGAGAUUGGAGGUAGUCUUGGCAUGGCAGAGUUCGUUAAAACCGACUUCUACAAGCAAAUGAAUGUGGGAUUCAGCUUGGAUGAAGGAGGCACUAGUGCCACUGAUGUUCAUCAUUUGUUUUACGCGGAACGUAUACGAUGGGUUCUCAAAUUGAAAAUUGGUGGAACUGCUGGCCAUGGUUCUCUAUUGUUGGCCAAUACCGCCGGAGUAAAGUUAAACUAUGUGUUGAACAAGCUGUCGGAGUUCCGUGAAUCGCAGGUUCAGUGGCUGAUAAACGACAAGAGCAUCAACAUUGGUGAUGUGACCACCGUGAAUCUCACCCAAUUGAGUGGCGGAGUGCAGAGCAAUGUGGUUCCACCGCUUUUGGAGGCCAUCUUCGAUAUGCGACUGUCCAUCACCUUGGAUUUGGUUGCUUUCGAGAAGCAAAUCCGCGACUGGUGCGAGCAGGCAGGUGGUGGCAUUGAGAUCGAGUUCCCCCAGAAAGAUGCUUAUGUGGCACCCACCAAGCUUGAUGAUUCGAACCCCUAUUGGUUGGCUUUGAAAGCCGCUAUUGAUGAACUGAAACUAAAAAUAAAACCGAUUGUCUGCUUUGGAGUCACAGACAGCCGAUUUAUUCGUCAGCAAGGAACACCGGCAAUUGGUUUCUCACCCAUCAUAAAUACUCCAGUACUAAUACAUGAUCAUGAUGAAUUUUUGAGGGCUGAUGAUUAUUUAAAUGGCAUCCAGGUAUACAAGAAGAUUAUCCAAAAUCUUACUGAAGUCUAACCGAUGCUCUUAUCUUAAUAAAAUAAAACUGAACUUCUUUACUAAAGCAUAACUACUUCAAAUAACCUUACAUAUCUUAUCUUAAGUGAAUUAAACUUUGGGUGAAAUAAUUUGAAAA